GCAUUGGUAUGAUUCCUCUCCUAAAAUUAUAACAUGGAGCGUCUGCCCUGCUGGGCUUGUGACGCCUUCAGUCUGAAAGUAAAUGGCUGCUGACACAUCGCCUCCACUGAUUUGACCAAGGAGCUUCUUGUGGAAAAGUGAAAAUGUUUCUUGUUUUCAUCAGUCGAGAAUGCACAUGCUCAGCUUCCUCAUUCACUUUUGAAAAUGACUGUCAUUAUGCAGCAGAAUUAGUAUGAGGGAGGAAUUACUGAAGAACUCGGGCAACAUCCAGGAUCACAGUUGACACAUCGUCUAUUUUUUUGUACUGGCAUUAUUAAAAUACGUUUCGAGGCGCAAUCGAAAAACUUCAUUGCACAGACUACAAGUUUAAAAUGAAUAAUUUAGAUCAAAAAAUUCUGUUUGGAAAAAACCCCAAAGAAAACAACAACAAAAAUGAACCUGGUGCUAACUUUGUAUCUGAAAUAUGGUUCAAAAGUCUCUCGAAUAACUCGAAUGCAGACUCAAAUUGUAUUUCAGACAACACAUUUAGGAGUAUAGAGACCGGUAAUCAAGUUUUGGCAGAGGAUCAUGGCCAACUUAAAGCAAACACUAGUCCCUCUGGGAUUCUUGCAGAUCCUGAUUCUAUAAAUAAUGAUCAGCUUUUCGAACCAGGCAUCAUCACGUCCACAGUAAAGACAUCAUUUGAUUCACCAUUGUUUCUCAAGGGUGAUGAUAAUCAUUGUGAUUCCUCUGGUUCUUACCAUACUGCUGCGGGCUCCGAUAUUGGAGAAAAUCUUAGUGAUUGUAGUGGGCCAUACGAAGAUUUUGAAGAACUCUCUCCUGACCAAGACGAAAGUCAAGAGAUUUCACAGCGUUUUGGUGCUUCGCAGAAAGAACAAAGUGUUGACUGGUUAAACAGUUCUGAAAUUGAGACCAGUUUAAAUGAUUGCUCACCACCACCUCAGUUUAGCUGCAGGGAAGAGCAAGAACAAAUAUUUGUGAGUAAACAUAAGAUGGAAUUGCUUGAACUAAAUGCUGGGGGGGAAUUAAAUGGUGAUAUAAAGCCCUUUCAGUUACAUAGCAGAAAUGUGCCCGAUGUUAAAUCUCAUUACAAAAUGGAUGUGGGAUUAGCUGUAAAAACUGCUGAUGAAAAUAAUUCCUUUGGGUAUGAAAUCACAUCUAGCCCUCAGGAAGAAAAGAAUGCUUGCAGUAGCGAUGUGGUAAGUAAUGAUUCUUUAUUAACUACGCACAGCAAUUCAAGUGCUGAAGGAGAAGUCAACAAAUCGUCUGAAUGUGAUCUAACAGGGCUGGGCACUAAUCUACAGAACUGUAAAGGAAAUGGAGACCAACAGGUUCAUUUGUCAAUCACAGCUCAAAAUAGCAAAACUGCAGAGAGAGGUAAUGGAGUGCAGCUGUCGAGAAAACAGGAGGCUGAAGUGAGCAUGCAUGCUUCUCCAGGCUGUUAUCUACAUCUUGGUUUAAAUGAAAUUGAAGAAAUGCCUCAAAAAGAUGAGUUUGAAGACAGUGCAAAAAAUAAUUCAAGUGCUAAUGGUAAAAGGAGAUGUGCUGAGAGCAUGAGUGAAUCAUCUAGUUUUGCAAGUGAGCUAGAUGAAACAGAUUAUGAGGUUCGAAAAUUGACUGCUCUGGCUUUUCGAAGUUUGUCCUGUCCAAAUGAUAAUUAUCUCCACAUUUAUAAUUCUGGGGGUUUCAUUGAUUUCUCACCGGCUUUGUCAGAGGAAUGCCACAAUACAAAGAGUGUGUCGGUUUGUUCUGAGCCAGACUUUGUGGGCACAGCUGGUGAAACAGAGGAGUGGGGUCUGGAUCCCAGUUAUGCAGCCUAUGCUUUAUACACUGGAGCUGAAGAAAGUAAUAUGUUUCUUGAUGAUCCAUAUGACAGAAUGCAGUUUGAAUGCAUCGACGUAGCUGUAGAAUCUCCAGAGAAAGGCAAAGAUGCCAGAGCAAGCAGAACUGUCCCAAAACGUCAAAUUGAACUCAGGAGACCACAGAGAAGUGAAUUCAAAGUCUUUACCUCAAGUAGUGCCAUCAAUUCCUAUGCUUAUGUUGGUCUUGGAGAUGAAACUGGGAAUGAAGAAGAGCGUUUGGAAAUCAUUGAAAGGACGCCUUAUAUAGAAAACGCAAUAAGCACAAAUAUCAAAAAUAAAAAUAGAAUUCAUAAGCAGCCACAAAGAGCAAUAUCUAUAGAUGGGCCUACACCACGAAACAAAUUUGCAUCCAGCCUUUUAUCAAAUGUGAUAUCCAAAAAAAUGCUGUACGAGCAAAAUCUCAAGGCAGAGCAGAAAUUCAACAGGUUUGCCCGCUUCCCAAUUACACGUAAUGUGAGAAAGAAAGAUCGAGCUCUUUCUCCAAUUGUCUCACAACAAAUAGACCAUGAAAGUUCUGUUUCAAAAUUGGAAUGCAAUAACUCUCAAAAUGUUGCUCAGAACAAUUUGAGAAAGAAUGGUUGUGAAUUAACUGGUGAUAAUGCAGAGGAAAAUGAAGGUUUGGGUCAAAAGUGCUGUUACAGUUCUUUAAGGUGCGCAGGUGGUCAAACUAUCGGUGGACAGAACAACAUCAGCCCUGAUUGCUGCACAACCAAUGUACUUGAGAAUUACAGUGAAACACAUAUGGACAGCCAAUGUGAAGCAAGUGCUGAAAGAACUCCGGGAAAGAGUAGGGAAAAAUCAUGUUCCAUGUUUAAUAAUCCUAGCAUCAAUGUAUCUGGGGAAGAGAAGAACCUAACUUCUUCAUGCACUUCAGUAGGUAAAUAUAAAAAUGGGAGUUGGCAAAAUACUGAAGAAAAUGCAGAAUCAGACAAUAGCAUACAAUAUGAAUUACCAUCAUAUGAAGAUAAAACAAGUGACAUUCAGUUAAGUAAAUCUUCACACCAAAUCAACGCUUCAAGGAAUAUUCUUGCGCUAAAAUCAUCAAAGAUGCUACACAACUCUCCAAAACCAAAUGUUCAAAGAACCAUCACAUGCUGUGUCCCAAAGACACAUUCUCUCACACCAGAAUCCAACACUUCUGAUCUUGACCCCAACAAUCAAACGCUCCCUGUUUCACCUAAAGCCAACUGUGGCAUGGAGAAAACUAACAUUUCACAUUGUAAUAUUGAAGACAACAUAUCCAUCAAAAAUAAAACUAAGUGUCCUACUUAUGUUAGGGAUGUGAAAAAUCUUGGUCAGAAUAAUAACUGUGGAUUAACAUUCUGUGCUACCAAAGGUAAAUGUGAUGUACCCGAUGAGGUUUGUAAUCCAUCCAUUAUAAAGCAAUCACUUCCAGAACCUCUGAACAAGGUCUCAAUAGUUGACAGCAUUUCGUCACCAAAAUGUAUUCAACGUCAGUCAAUAGGUAGGAAAGUUGCCAAAGAUGAUAACAGCUAUGUCACAGUUGGCAGGAAAGGUUUGAUAAGUACGGAAAGUUCAGAAACAUCAAGGUUAUUUUCUUCUGACUUCAAAUUGCCUAUUCCAUGUAAAAAGCAAGAAAACAAUGGAACUUCUGCUAAAAGAAUAUGUAACCAAGACUACUUCACAAAGGACAAUGAGAAUAAUGUAGCUGAACCUUUGAAUUCUUUCCCAAAUAUAGUAGCAUCUGAAAGGAAAAUGCAUGUCAAAAUAAUUUCAAAUAUUAAAGAGUCUAAAUCACCACCUAUGAAAGUCCAGUUUGAAGAAGAAACUCUGAAAGCCGGUUCAGACAAAUUUAUGUUGAAUAAUAGAAUUACUGAUUUGGUAACAGGAGAAAGUAAUCAACAAAAUCAAUUCCUUGAAGGACUGGAAAAUCUCAAUGCACACUCCAGUUCAACAAUUGAUGAUACUAACUACGCAUUGACCGAAAAACAAACUGAUCGAGAAAUUGAAAAUGAGCUAGAAGGGAAAGAAAUGUUAACAAAUCCUAAUUCAAACAAAGAAGAUAUACAAAUGGAGCUAUACAAGGAUGAACCUCGAGAGAUUCCAGAAAGAAUACAAAAUCAUGAAGAUGAAAAGGCUACUUGUACCAAAAUAGAAAUGCAGAAUCACCCACUCGGGGCUAUUUGUUACAAUAUUGAGCAGCUUGAUCUGUCAAUUGGAAAAAGCAGUCCUCAAGGAGAUAAUCAAGAUAAGUUGAAGAGCCAUAAUGGACUCUUCUGUAAUUUUGCUGGAAGCAACAAAAGUAUAGGAAUGUCACUCUGGAAAGAUGAUACUAAUAACAAUAGAUUGGAGAAUCAAAAUGAAAGCCUAAAGAUAUUAUCUUCCAAUGACAAAGAAACACAAACACCAUCAAGAAAAAGUAAACAUAAAAAAGAACUUAAAUUUAAACUGGAAAAUCAAAAAACCAUGGAAAAUUCAACAAUAGACAAUAAUGGCUUUGAACAAUUAUGUGAAACAUCUAAACUGAAAAGAGGAAUUCAAGUCAAUUUAAAAGAGCAGAGCGAACUCAUUGAAAAUUCUGCUCCAAACAAAGAUGCAAGCAAAUUGUUACUCAAUUAUGUUGAAGAUCAGAUAGCUCUUGACGGAGACAAUCUGAAUAAACUGGCUUCAGAAAGCAAAGAUGAUAAGAAUGUAAGUGAUAUGCAAAGUGGGUUGCCAAAUGAAGCAAACUUUUUAUUUAAAUCUAGUUCAAAUCCUAAGGAAAUAAGAUUAUCACCCAUCAAACAUAAUCUUGAUGAAGGGAUCGAUGAUGGAAUAGAAAGUCAGAACAUGCUAAAUCGCAAAGCAGACAUCAAAUUACAAGCUAUUAAAACUAAGAACAAUGAUCUUGUAACUGAAUUUAUUGCACCCCAAAACACCGAUAAAGUUGAAAUGCUACCAAGAGCAGAAAGUGCCAGAUUGACAGUUGUAAAUGAAUUACAACUGAACAAAGAUAACAAUAAAAUGUUGAUGGUUUCAGAGGAAGAAAAACAAAAUCCUUCUAAAGAGUGCUCUGAGUCCGGCAAUAUCAAAACUGUAGAUGAACUACUUUCAACUUUGAAAGUCCAGAUCCCAAAUGAAAUCGGUGUACCAGUUAUAACCAUCUCAGACAAUGUUAUUCCUGUGGAGUCAUCCAAUUGUUCUAAGACUAUAAAAAUUUCAGCAAAUACAUCAUUUCCAGAAACUGAAGGUCAGGAUGUUCAUAAUAAAUUAGAAAUUUCAGCUGCCAUUCAGAAUGCAGAAGUUAAUAAGCUACUGGCUCCACAGACUCCUUCAUGCUUCACAGAUUUGAAUGUGAAGUCAAUCAAUUCUAAUCACCCUGUUGUUAAAUCAUCCAACAGUGCAACUCAUGAUCAAGAACAGCAACCCUCCUUUGAAUUGAAAAUGCUAGCAAUGAACAAAGCUGUCACGCAAGAUCCAUCUCUUACAUCAGCCCCAAUAAAUUAUCUUUCCAUUCCUAAUGAAGAACACAAGCCACGUGCAUCUCCAAAGAAGCAAGUACCUGCUCCUCCUCAUUCAUUAAUUCACAUAGCAAGCACUAGUCCUCGCCAGCAAAACUGGGAAACUUUAAAUCCUCACAAACAGGAACAACAAGCAUUGCCUCACCAGUGCCUUGGGGAGAUGUUUUCGUUUGAUACUUCUCUGCAGCAUCCAUUCUAUGCCUCUUCUCAGGUACCAAAUCAAGCAGAGUCUCAUUUACUUCAUUUUACACCAACCAGCCAAACUCCAGACCAUGUGGACAAAUGUUACCGAGUGCCUCAAUCACCUCACUUGAUGGACAGUCUCCGGCUGCCUUGCUUCCAAUAUCCAGAAGCUCACAAGAAAGUGCUUAUUGAUCCAGAGACAGGAAAGCAUUACUUCGUUGAGGCACCAAUGCAAUCUCCACGCAAAAUGCUGUUGGAUCCAGAAACUGGCUGUUAUGUCGAGGUGAUAAUACCUCAACAAACAUACGGUGGAUAUUAUCAAACAUCAUUCUCCCCACACGUUUUAUAUCCAAAUGUCUUGAGGCCUUCAUUUAUACCAACAAUGCAAUAUUCUGACUUAAUCUCAACACCUCUUGUGGCAUACCCGGGUCCACAUCCUGGGUCCUCUGAAGUACAAAACCAAUCGAGUCCAAACAGCACAACUGUGAGUGUGACAGAAAUGCCGGAUCAUAAAAAGGAUAUGCCAAAAAAUCAUUUUGCUGAAACUAAUUACAUGGAAAGUACAUAUUCAACUCCAAUGAAUGUGCCUGUAAAUCCUAACCAAAUUCACACCGCUGCACAAGUAAUAUCCAUCCAUUCAAAAUCUCGUGCAGAAGUUAAAGAUAACUCUCGUGUUUGAGGAAAGAACAACGUUGCCCAUGAUGAAUCUAUGGGUUUUACUGAGGGAGCAUUCUCCACCAAAAUUACCAGAACAAUGUUAAAAGGACAUGUAGCUUUGUCGUGCUGAAUGUAUGUAUUCUUUGCAGGUGUUGACUGACGUGCAUUUAAAAAAAAUCUAUAUGCUUAACUACCUUUUGAAAUAUAUAUUAUCAAUGUUCCCUACAACAAAAUACUAAAAGUGAAAAUGUAAAUUAAAUAAAAAGGUUAUGUUAAACCCUUUAAUUAUAAUUUGGGAGAUCUGACUAUUGAAUCGACCAUUUUGUUCUGGAAAGCAAUUGCAAUUAAAGAGUAUAAAUCUUAAA